AUGUUUGCACCGAGAUCUCUUGAAGGAGAAGGAUCAAGGCAGCCGCCGCCUGCUCGACAACAACCAGAAGUUGAGGAGGAAGAUGAGGAAGAAGAUGAUGCGGGAUCCUGCGGCUCAUACUUCAGAUUUUGCGGCUCCACCUUUUCCCUAUUCAAAGUGAUAAGCUACUGGAAACAAGAUGUUGAAUCCUAUGCAGCAUGCAAGAAAGAAGUUGAGAAGGUAGGAUUCGGAGGCCUAUUGGACCUUUGA